GUGAUAUCUUGCCGCCCAUUUGUAUAAAUUGUUUCCACUAUUCUAAGUUUUUGAUAAUAAUUUCUUCCAAAUAGUGACCGGAAAAUGGCUCGACAACACCAAGACGGAGAAAAAUCAACCUCACAAAGAGAAAGAAACCACAAAAUCCGAGAUACUUCACCGUAUUCGAAAAACUUCAAGUGUUACAUUAAAUCAGAUGAAAAAGAUUUAAUUUAUAAAAGGCAAAUGGUUACAAAGCUCACGCGAAAGGACCUCGAGGACAAAUACAUUGAGUUAUGUGAUGAAAAUUUUUUCAUAAAACGACAGAAUAAUGAACUGCAGGACAAGAUUAAGGAACUAACAACGAAAAUAGUUCGAAUUUCCACUUCACAAAGGAGCUAUUCGAGCUCAGCAAUUCUUAGGGAAAGGACAUCGGAAAAUAUUUCCGAUUCUUCAAGAUGUACGACACGGAUGCAUUCAUCUUAUGCAAGGCCAAUGGCUAGAUCGUCCUCCCUAAAUACUGUUUAUAGAAGAAACGUACAGUCCGCCACCCCGAGCGAAGGAAGCAAAUCUAGUUCGUCUUCAUCCAGCAGCCAGAGAUCAGCUAAUAACAGCGUGAAAGGAUCAAAUCAAAAUAUUGAAAAGGGAAUUUUAGAAAUUUCAGAAAAGGACUUGAAUAAUCAGGAGAAAAUGAAUGAUCUGGAGAAGAAAGUUGAAGAAUUGACAGAGGCGGUAAAGGAAGAACGUGAAAAGUGCGCACGCAUACAGAUGGAGAAACAAAGCGUGGAAUCUCGACUCUCCGACAUUGAUAUGAAGAAAUUCAUAAUGGAAAACAUUGAAGUCAACCGUUUAAAGAGGAAACUGGACCAGUUUCGAACCGCAGUCAAGCAUCUGCAAGCUCAACAGAAAGAAAUUCUGCUUGAGAAGGACAAGUUUAUAGAGUCUGAGAGGAAAAGAUUCAAUAACGUCAUAGAGCAAUUGAACGAGGAUAAUGCUACCCACGCUAUGCCAAGUGAAAAGAAAAGUGAUCUAAAAACUGCUUUGAGAACCAUAGAAAUGCUACGGAAGCAGAUUUCAGAGCUGGAGUACGAUAAAAAGACGCUUAUGGACCAACAAGAAAGCCUAUCGAAAUUGCUUAAAGAAGCUGCCUCACAUGAAAAGGAGACCAAACAGUCACCAUCACAUGACAAAUCAAUUCUUUUGGAAACCCUAGAACAGCUGAAGACGGAGAAGGCGGCAAUAGAAAACUCCAAAAAUGAACUCUUCAACAAAAUCCGUGAAUUGCAGGAUAUGAAUGAUAAGCUCGUGGUUGACCUGGAAGGACUUAAGACCAUGAAAAACUUGAGCGACGGCCUAAAAAAUGAUGGCAGCGGUGUAGGUGACGACACCAUUAUUUUGUUAUCUGAAGAAAAUGAAGCGAGCGUGACUUAGAAACCAGUUACGUAUUUGGAAGGUGUAGUUUUUAAUAAAAUGUCUUUUACUGAUUUUCAAGUUUUGAUCCGUUUGCUGUUAGCGACAAUACACUCAUUGAUGUUGUACGUAGUUUUAAGAGUAGGAAAGAUGAUGUAAUUAUGAUAUAACUGGCGUAUACUAUUCAAUUAAAGCUAAAAAAAAACAAA